AUGGGUGAAAUGAUCAUGUCAAACGAGCCCUGGGACUUUCUGAACUCUGUCUUGCGAUUCAGAGACGAUGACUCCCAGUUCUGGUGGGACAAGACGGGGCGCAUGUUCUCCAAGCUCCUAAAAUACGCCGGAUACAGCGCGGCAGACCAGUACCGUGAACUCAACUUUUACUCCCUCUUCGUCGCCCCCGAACUCGGCCCCUCACCAGACUGUCAAGGCAACGUCAGAAGAUGGAGGAGUCCCGGCACACCGGACUCUACUCCCAUCGAUUUCAGCUGGGAAUGGGGCCGUGAUAACCAAGCCGUCGUUCGCUACUCCUUUGAGCCCAUCGGUCUGCAUGCCGGCACGGAGCUAGACCCUCUCAACAGGCACGCAACAAACGACUGGAUUUUCAAGCUCCAACAACAGAAGCUCGUUCCUAACCUGGACUUGGAGUGGUACAACCACUUUACAAGACAGAUCCUGCCCCACGGCACGCGAACAAAGACCGUGGACUGCUUCAUCGAAGAGACGACACCAAAGGCAGGCACCGUGGUGGCCCUUGACAUUGAAAAGAGCGGUCCCGUCAUGAAAAUCUACAUCUACCCCGGACUCAAGGCCGAAGAGCUCGGCAUCACGAACCUCGAGCUGGUGGAGCAGUCCAUCCGCAGCCUCCCUACCGACCAAUUGCAAUCCCUCGGCGCCGAGCCUCUUCUAGAGUUCCUGAGAGAAGGCACAAAGAAGUACAAUUUUGAGACGGGGAUCCUCGCCAUCGACUGCCUCGCGCCAAAGGACGCCCGCAUUAAGGUCUACAUCAGGGCCAAGCACACAACCUUUGAGUACAUGAUGGACUGCCUGACCCUCGGGGGCAAGCUCGACAUGUCGGGUGAGGCCAUUGACGACCUCAAGGACUUUUGGAAGACGUUCCUUGCGGACGCGCCUGACAUGCUGGGCGACGACGCCCCCGGGCGCGCGUCGCCAGGCUUCUAUUACACACUCGGAUGCGGGAGGGCCAUCUCACCAAAGGUGUACAUCUCCCCCAACUACUUUAGCAAGAACGACGUGGACGUCCUCGCCCGACUUCGCACGUUCUUCUCUACUCGUCGGUCCGACUCGAUGAUGGACAACUACGAGCAAGCCUUGAACGACAUUUUUGGACGUAAAACUCUAGAAUCUCGUUGCGGUAGCCAUUACUACGUCGGUUGCGCCCUGGCCAAGGGACAAUUGAGGGUGGUGACAUAUCUCAGCCCUCAGUCUUUUGAUUGUGAGAAGGACGUGAUUCAGGCUCGGAGGCCAUGA